AUGAAUAAUUCAAAGUGUUUAACAUGUAAUCAAAAUAUAGCCAUUCUGAAUUGCAAAACCUGUUCUCAUACCAUGUGUUAUUUCUGUGAUGAGAAUCUGCAUUCUUAAAUAGAUAAACAUAUUAGAACUACAUUAAUAUUUUCAACCUAAUUUUCAACAUAAUCAAAUCAAAAUAUUUUAAAUGAAACUAUAAAUAAGAAAUAAUUAGAGCUACAAUAAUUAAAAGAGAAAGAAUUACAAAUGACUAAAAAUUACUAAGAGAAAAUCCUACAAGCUUAAAAAUAAUAUGAAUAUUAGAUAAAUUAACUUGAAGAAAGAUGUAUUACAGUUUAAUAAUUUUUAGUGUAAUUAGCCUCAUAAUGUACAAAUAAAAUGUAAGAUAAAGUUGAAGAACUUGAUAUUGAUAAAAUAUAAAAAGAAGUUGAAAAUUUAGAUAAUAGUUUGAAAAUAGAUAUAUAAAAAGCUGCAGAAGAAUAAGCUGUUCUCUUAGAAAAGAAUCAAAAAGUUGAUUAACUUAUUGAUAGAUUAACAAAAGCAACUGAUAUAGAGUAGUUAUAGGUUAAUAAAAUGAAUGAAGUAUUAGCAGUAUUUAAGGAAUGUUCAGAGUAAUUACAAAAAGAAAAGGUAUUACAAUUCAAUCAAAAAUUAAUAGGAAUUACUAAUGUUAGAUAAUGAAAAGCUUGUUGGAGAAAUUGAAAUAUUUGCAAAAUUUUUUGAUGAAAAUGGUCCCCUUUUGGAAGAAUUAAAUAAAGUUAAAAAUGAAUAAUAAUAAUAAAAAUGA